AUGAGUUUAGGCCGGCCAAAUGCGCCAAGGGCCAUCCUAGGAAAUAUCACGGGUAUGUACAAUCCAAAAGGACACAGGGAUGGCGUAGGGUUACUGAAGACCGGAGGGCAAUCCGUUGCUGCAGACGACAACUGCAAAGCGGACACACUAGGUCUCUACUUGAGCAGCGUUCAUCGUACGGACAACAGUAUGCCCUCAACACCUCCUCCGGCAACUCCUCCGGUAGUUAUAGACGAUUUGCGUCUAACGGAGGAUAUGGUUAGGAAUCAUCUAUAG